CUUUCCACCUCCUCCUGAUGCCCCCCUCUCUCUUCAAUUUCUAUCUGCAACUUCUCUCUCUCUCUCUUCAUCUCUCAUGCGUUGAUGUGAUCCCUCCACCCACAUACACACCCUCCAAACAAAGAACUCAUCAAAACUUUUGCAAAAGAGAGACAGAGAAAGAGAGAAGAAGAAAAGAAGAAUCAUAAAGCCACUCAUACUCUCUCUAAUUAAGAGCCAUGGUCUUCUCUUCCCUUCCUUCACCCUAUCAUCUAGAUCCACCACCCAACUGGCCUCACCAGCAACUUGAUCAUCAGCAGCAAGGAGUGAUUCAUACCCAGAAUUCCCAUGUUCCGGGUCCACCGCUGGCUGCGUCGCCGCCACCGAUUGCUGCUGCCAUUGGAAGCGGUGAUGGUGGCGGCAACAAAGGCUCAACAAGACCGGGAUCCAUGGCAGAUCGAGCUAGGCUAGCGAAGAUAGGACAACCAGAAGCAGCACUGAAAUGUCCACGAUGUGAAUCAACCAACACCAAGUUCUGUUACUAUAACAAUUACAGCCUCUCUCAGCCUCGCCACUUCUGCAAGACUUGCCGGCGAUACUGGACCCGAGGUGGCGCGUUGAGGAACGUCCCGGUAGGAGGUGGUUGCAGAAGGAAGAACAAGAGAAGCAAAGGAACUAACAGUAGAUCAUCAAAAUCUCCAAACAAAACAGCAGCCACAUCAUCAGGUCAUCACUUAUUACCAUCUCCAUUACUCUUCCCUCCAAUAACAACAUCUCAAAGCUACAAUGACUACGACGUCGUUUUUGACUCAUCAAACAUCAAAGAUGCUGAAUUUCAAAUUGGUUGUAAUUCUGCUAUUAUCUCAGGUGGUAUAAUUGGCGGUUAUAAUAACAACAGCUUCAUAACUACAGAGCAAUGGAAGCUACCAAGUCUUCAGCAUCAUCAACAGUUUCCAGCAACAACAUUCUUGACUAAUUUGGAAGCACCAGUAGGGUUAUAUCAGUUUGAAAGAUCAGAAAAUGUUGAGAUCGAACCUCCAAGGACAUUAUUAUAUUCUGGAAAUAUAGGUAGCGAUCAUCAUCAUCAGCAUCAACUUAGUAGUACAGUUAAAUUGGAGGAAAACAUGGAUCAAGUGGUGGGAUUAUCAAAGAGUUUUAUGGGUAACUCAUCAGAAAAUAACAAUGAACAAUUCUGGGAAGCAAAUAAUGGAAGUGCAUGGAAUAGUAGUAAUGUUUCUAUUAGUUUCGCUUCUUCUUCUUCCACCACCCAUCUCCUGUGAUUUUUAUUGAAUCUUUGAUCUGUAUAUGCUUGCUAGCUACUACAAAAUCUUUCAACAUUUCCUUCUCUUCUUCAAAUAGAAAUUAUUAUAUCGAAGUCUAUAUAUUCAGACUCUACAAUAUAGUGCCCUUUGAUA